AUGGCUAGCCCACAGGUUCUCGUGUUCGAUGCUGAGGGCCGCCCUGUGAAGUUUGACACCUGGCUCGAUGACCUGCACCUCUACCUACAGCUCACAGCCAAGGAUGACAUCUCACUGUACGAUCACGCCCUAGGCCAUGUCACUGCCCCUGCUGCUACUGCUGACAGCACUGCUCGCUCACAGUGGCAGACUCGUGAUGCCCACACUCGCUUCGCCAUUCGCAACUCCCUGCCGAUAGACGAACGCGAGCACUUUGGUCAGCACAAGACUGCACAGGCACUGUACACAGCUGUAGUUGCUCGCUACUCCUCACCUGCCUCUGCCGCACUAGGCCGUCUCUCCCUCCCCUACCUGUUUCCCGACCUGGCCUCCUUUCACACAGUCGCUGACCUCAUCACGCACCUCCGUACUAGUGAGGCCCGCUUCCGUGCCGCCAUGCCUGCUGAGUUCCUUGCCACGCACCCCCCUCCACUCUGGCUCACUCUCUACCACCUAGUCACCCGCCUCCCUGACACACUGCGUGCUGUCAGGGACCACUUCCUAGCUCGUUGCCCCACUGAGCUCACCAUUGCCCUCCUCGAGAAGGAGCUACUUGCAGCUGAGACUAGCAUAGUCGCUGUAGGUGCCUCUCGUGGCGACCCCCGUACCCCGUUCUUUGAGGGGUCGGCGAUGCGUCUGCCUCGAGCGGACGCCGUAGCGGCAAGGGCAAAGGGGGCAAGGGUGGUGGCGGUGAUGGCGGGGGAGGCGGCGGUGGGGGCGGUGGAGGCAGUGGGGGUGGUGGCUCGGCUGGAGGGGCGAGUGGUAGCGGUGGGGGUGGUGGCGGCAGCGGCGGGGGAGGUGGCAGGAGUGGAGGCAGCGGUUGGGGUGGCGGUGGACGAGGCGGCGGCAGGGGUUGGGGUGGUCGAGGAGGUGGCAGCGGUGGUGGUGGCCGUGGAGGCACUGGCGGUGGCCAGGGCCAGCAUCACACUCCCUCGCCCCAGGAGGUCCGUGAGUGGUACUCUCAGCACGGGGGGGGGGGGGGGUGGUCUUAGCUGCACGUACGUCAUUCGCACUGGUGACCGCACUGGUCAGCAGUGUGGACGACCGCACGCCACACAGCGCUGCUUCUCUCGUCUCGACGACGCUUGGCGUGUUCAGUUCCCUCAGGCCACUGAGCUGCCCCGCUGGCUUGAUCUCCUGAAGAAGGGGAUUGAUAUCUAUGCUCUAGACUUUGAUGCUAUUCUAUCUGCCAUGUAUGUGAUGUCUACUAGUGGAGAGGGUGCUGAGUACUUGUGUGUGCCGCCCGACCCGGGCAUUAGGGCCAGUGCGUCUGCCGCUCCAGGUACUCGCGUGUCGGCUACCCCAGGUGCUGGUGAGGGUGCUGCUCUAGGUGCUCGUGUUUCUCCCCCCCUUGGUACGGCGUCGACUGCCGCACUGCACACCUUCACACUAGACUCAGGUGCUUCUCGCUGCUUCUUUUGUGACUGCACUGCCCUUGAGCCGCUUGCUCGGCCAGUUGCUGUCUCCCUUGCUGACCCCUCUGGGGGUCCGGUCAUUGCGACCUCUUCCACUGUCCUUCCCUGCCCUGCGGUCCCGUCGGGCACACUGUCAGGUCUCCACCUCCCCUCGUUCUCUACGAACUUGGUGGCAGGAUGUGCACUCCAGGACGGGGGUGUUCACCAGUUCACCCCUGCCUACGAGCGCGUGACACACUGCACGUGUGCUCGUACGGGCCGUCACUUGGCUACCUUCACUCGGCAGCCGGGGUCGGACCUGUACACACUGACUACUGAGUCCCCUCAGGUUGCUGCGACUGCGUCCGCGUCCGCGUCAGGUCAGCUAUCCGCCCCCUGCUCGUGUCACUCUUUGGCACACGAGACUGUCCUCUGGCACCACCGCCUUGGCCACCCGUCUGUGCAGCGGCUUCGUGCCAUGCACUCCCGGUACCUUGUCUCUGGCCUGCCCAGGGUCCUUCCUCCCCUCCCACCCUCGCGUGCUCCUACCUGUCUCCCCUGUGUCAAGGGACGGCAGCGCGCCGCUCCUCACUCCUCCUCGUUCCUCCCGACGACUGCUCCCUUGCAGACACUCCACAUGGACGUGUGGGGCCCAGCCCGCGUCCGUGGUCAGGGUCAGGAGAGGUACUUCCUGAUAGUUGUUGACGACUACUCGCGCUACACCUCGGUCUUCCCCUUGCGCACCAAGGGUGAGGUCCCUGAUGUCUUGAUCCCUUGGAUCCGCAGAGCGCGUCUCCAGCUCAGCGGGCGUUUUCACUCGGACUUUCCUGUCCUGCACUUGCACUCUGACAGAGGUGGUGAGUUCUCCUCCGACCUCUUGGCAACCUAUUGUGCUGAGCACGGCAUUGAGCAGUCGUUCACGCUUCCGGCUUCUCCACGGCAGAAUGGGGUUGCGGAGCGCCGCAUUGGCCUGGUCAUGGAGGUCGCCCGUACAUCCUUGAUCCAUGCGGCUGCCCCCCACUUUCUGUGGUCGUUUGCGGUCCGGUACGCUGCGCAUCAGCUCAACCUCUGGCCCCGUGUCUCCUUGCCGGAGACCUCGCCCACGCUGCUAUGGACGGGGGAGGUUGGCGAUGCGUCGCGUUUCCGGGUCUGGGGGUCUCGAGCUUUUGUCCGCGAUUCGUCUGCGGACAAGCUCUCCUCCCGUGCUAUUCCCUGCGUCUUCCUCGGCUUUGUCCCGGACGCGUCUGGUUGGCAGUUUUACCACGCCACCUCGCGCCGAGUCUUGCCCUCCCAGGACGUCACUUUUGACGAGUCCGUCCCCUACUACCGCCUCUUCCCCUACCGCACUGCCCCGCUCCCCCCCCCGCCUCUCUUCCUCGCGCCAGGUGCUGCUGUUGCAGACCCCCUCCCCCCUCAGGGUGCCGCUCCCUAA